AUGCCGCAGCCCCUCCAGACUACAUCUGCAAAAGCCAUGUGUUCGGUAGUCUACGCUCUGCUCAUCAUCCUGUGCAAUGUUUGGUGCUUGAUCAGUGGGGCUUCUGUGGCGGUCCCAGAUGUUGCUGUGAGAUGUGCAGAAGAAGCGCUGCUGCCCUGUAAAGUUCUUCAGAACUCCUCAAUCAUCUACCAGACAGCAUCUUGGUAUAAAAUGGCUGGAGCUGGAGAAGAAAUAGCAUGGAAAGUCCUUGAUGUGGAAUCUCAUUAUCCAAAAGAACUUGGGGGGUCCCUGGAAUUCUCCAACGACACCUUCUUUUCACUGAGGAUCAAAAACGUGACCAGCCAAAACAGCGGGACAUAUAAGUGCACUUUGGGGGAACAGAGUGGAGAACGUAAUCUGAGCGGCACAGUCACAUUAAAAGUAACAGGUUGCCCUGGCAUAGAAGAUGAAAAAUUAAGAAAAUACAAAGCUGAGCUUUUCAUGCUGACUUGCCUUGGGAUUUUUUACUUGCUGCUCAUCUUUUUUACCUGUACAUGUCUAAGAAAAGAGAGUAUGUCUCCCAAUUAUCAAAAAAACAGACCAGAUAUGAAACACAUGCUCACCCUCAUCAACGUACAUGAAAUGACAACUUUCCAGGAUUUAAGCAGCGACAGCACUUGCAAAAAUGAGCAUGCUUCGAGUUCUGUCUAA